UCUCUCUCUCUCUCUCUACAUCACCAUGCCUCCUCUUCCCCACGCUCUCCUCUCCCCUUCUCCAACCCUCAUCCUCUCCCCGAAGCCCCAUCCGCACCAUCGCCCCCUCCCUCUCCCCCUCCACGCCAGAUGCUCUCUCCGCGCCGCGAUUCCCACCGAGAGCCCCCCGGCGAGGGGAGGCCUCGCCAUUACCAAGCUCUCCCCCGCCGAGCUCUCGAGGACGAUCAUGGAGCUCGCCUCCGCGGGCACGCUCUCCGCGCUCACCCCCGACGGGUGGCCCCUCGGCGUCGGCGCCCGCUUCGUCGCCGACGCGGGAGGCGCCCCUGUGCUGUGCUUGCACUCGCGCGACGGGUCGGUCGCGAGCGAUGCGAGAUCCAGCUUCCAUGUUAUGUUUGAGCAGAGUGGAUCGAGGACGCCGCAAUGUACACUUCUGGGUAACGUGGUUAAACCCAGUGACGAAAUGCUUUUGAAGAAGCUUCGGACUAGAUGGGAGAAGAAGUUCGGAGAAGAGAUAGAUGCAGACCUUUUACAUUUGAUCUCUGUCGAACGGAUAUUUCACAGGGAAGAUUUCAAGGAGGAUGGGUUGUGGGUGGCACCAUCAGAAUACUUAAAUGCAGAGCCUGAUCCUCUUCGGAACUUUGCUGAAAAGAUUGUGGACGAAAUGAACUCCAGGCAUGCGGAGGAUGUCCAGCGGUUAUGCAAUGUCUACGUGGAGUCAGGCUUUCAGGUGAUAGAUGCGAAGAUGAUAUGGGUAGAUAGACUCGGGUUUGACCUGCAUGUAUGUUCUGAGAAAGGUGUAUUUGCGGUCCGAAUCCCCUUCCCUAGGGAAGUCGUGGACGAGAAGGGAGCGAAGUCGUCUUUCAAUUUGAUGGCUCAUCUUGCAUGGGAGGUUGACAAGAACUAUGUCGCUCCCGACUUUGAGAAAGUAAAUUCCUUAAAAAUGAUCAGAUAAAUGAUUUUAUUUCUCUAUGUUCUUUUGUUGCCAUUGUGUUAAAAAAAAAUUCGUUGUUUCUACGGUGAUCAGUGAAGCAAUGUGAUUUAAUUUUUAGUUGUUUAUCACAUACGAAGUGGUUGUGCGAUGAUUAGAAUAUUUAUAAAUAAAAAGAAUUUAAUCAGGUUCAUUGUC